AUGCCGUUACAGAACCCUGCUCGUGCUGUCCUCACUUAUCGAGGGUUGCGCUCCCUCACUUCAUGGCACAACUUGAAACGCUGCUUAGCUACAUCCACCCAGGGUGCUCGCAAAGAAGGUGAUAUUUCAUCUGUCUUCGCAUCGCUGUCUGGGAAAGAAAAGACUGCCUUACCAGAGAGAUUCGCAGAUCAAAAGAAGAGGCUGAUUGCUGGCCGCGAGGACGAGAUUCAGAAGAGUUGGGAUCGUCUCCUGCGCAAACUGAAGGAUGAAGUGAAUUUGAUUGAACAGCGCGGUUCUAAUAUUAUUCCAUCAAUUGACUUUAAAGAUAUUCACAAUGCCCCAGCGGCGUUUCGGGAUGAACUCAGGAAGCGAGGGGUUGCUGUCAUUCGAGGGCUGAUACCUGAACAUGAGGCGAGGGGUUAUAAGGAGGAAAUUGAGGAUUAUGUUAAGGAGAAUCCUGGAACAAAAGCAUUCCCCCCACACGAUCCCCAGGUCUAUGAGCUAUAUUGGUCAAACCCCCAGAUGCGCGCGCGCACCCAUCCGAACAUGCUCGAAGCACAACGCUUCCUCAUGGGUUUCUGGAAAUCCGAUGCACCGGACGCAAUGAUAUCCUCUACACACCCUCUCAUUUAUGCGGACAGGCUUCGUAUCCGCCAGCCAGGAGAUGCGGGGUUUGCACUCGGUCCGCAUGUGGAUGGGGGAAGUUGUGAACGCUGGGAAGACAACGGAUACGGUCGAGGCAAUGUCUACAAGAGCAUUUGGGAAGGCAGCUGGGAGCAGUAUGACCCAUGGGAAGCUAGUUGCCGAGUACCCGUCGAAGCGAAUAUCUACAACGGCUCUGGGGCAUGUUCGAUGUUCCGGAUGUUCCAGGCAUGGUUGAGCAUGUCGCAUUCUGGGCCAAAUGAGGGAACUUUGCUGGUAAAUCCACUUCUUUCAAUGGCUACUGUAUACUUCCUUCUGCGACCGUUCUUCGAGCCUAUCUAUUUGCCGCCAAAGGAUUGCUCGCGAAUGGCACUGGAUACAUUCCUCGAUCCUAAAAAUUGGCGGUUGGAGAAAGAAACAUCAAGCAGACUGCAGGGUGCAACACCAGGAUACGGACAGGAACUAUCAGCAGCGCUUCAUCCUCACCUUGAACUGGAUAAGACAAUGGUCCACGUCCCGAAGAUUGCCCCAGGUGACUAUGUCGCCUGGCACUGCGACACCAUUCACGCCGUUGACAAAGUACACAACGGAUCUGGAGACUCGAGCGUUAUGUACAUUCCCGCAUGCCCCGUUACAGAGGCCAACGCGGCCUAUGUUGCGCGUCAACAAAGUAACUUUGUCGCGGGCGUUCCUCCACCAGAUUUUCCGGGGGGCAAGGGAGAGAGUGAGCAUGUCCGGCGAGCUACGGAGGCUGGUUUGCGAGGACUCACCAGUGAACUGGGGUUGCGAGCCUUCGGUUUUGGGAAGUGGGAUGUUCUUGAAGGAGGUUUAUCACAAGGGCAACGACAGGUUUUGGAGAGAGCGAAUCAGAUUAUGAAUGCUUGA